AUCGUUUAUCACAUUGUCUUUGUUGCACACUUGCGUUACUGCUGAGUGUUUUGGGUUUUAUUGCUUGACAAAUAUUUGUUGUAUAUAGGCUGAAGAUGCGCAUUUCUAACGAAACAAAAGUCAUUCUAAAUCUUGACGUUUUGGCAUUAUCUGUUUUCAUUUCUGUAUGUAUGUCAUUCUUCAUAAGUGACCAGUUUAUUUAUUACAGUUGUCUGUCUGAACAAGGAAUUGAUUAUUGGUUGGUAAAUAAAAGUGACGUUACGGAUGGACUGCAAGCUGCACAAAAGAAAGCUGCUUUUAUACAAUCUCUUAAAAAUUUUCUGGGUAUUGGGACUGGGAUUUUCUCAACACUAAUCAUUGGUUAUCUAUCAGAUAAUUAUGGUCGGCAAUUGACGUUGGGAAUUAUAAUAUUAGGAGAAGCUUUACGAAUUUUAGCUCUUAGUAUUAUCGUAUUUUUCAGUUUUUCUCCCUGGAGUUUGAUUGUAUCUGAAUUAUUAGAAGGAUCUAUUGGUGGUGGAUUGUUAUCAAUUUCAGCACAAUUAUUUGCUUGUAUAGCUGAUCUAACCCAAAAAUCACCUAAUGAAAUAGUAGUAAUAUCCAAUGAAAAUAUGGAUCCAGUAAUCCAAACAAAAAAAUUAGUAAAAAAACGUUGGCUUUUAUUUACUUUACUCGACGGUGUAAUCACUUGUGGUAUGGCAUUUGCAAAUGCACUAACAGGUUUCAUGAUUCAACAUUAUCGUUUCUACAUAACAAUGCUAACUUGUAUAGCCCUUCUUAUUCCCUCAGUGAUUACUUUAUUUCUCGUACCUGAAACAAGUGUGAAGACAAUACAAGUUGAACAAACAGAAGAUAUUGAAAAUUCAUCCAGUGAAUUAUGCAUUACAACUCCAGCAGUUCAUAAUGAAACUAGUAAGCAUCAAGAGUCCUCUAGUAAUUAUUCAGUCCACGUACAAUCUGAAAAUAGCUGUAUGAAUAAGCUACAAAUUAUAUCAAAACUACCUCGUACUCAUAUAGUAAUCAUUAUCAUUAUUUUCAUGUUUUCCAUCUCUGGUGUGACGGAUACACAAUACUUAUUUCUUUACUUAAUGAGUGGUCCUUUUAUGUGGGAUGCACAAGUAGUUGGUUUAUUCACAGGUUUAAGAGAUGUAUGCUGCACAUUUGUAUCUGUAUUAUGUGUCAGUAUGAUGGUCAAGUUUCGUAAAGAUCAACCAACUAAUCAUGUUGAAGUAGCAUCAAUAUCAAAUAGAACGAAUACAACAUUAUUUAGUCGUUUAAAAUCUGUGGAUCAAAUUCUUCUCAUUAUGUUGGUAUUUUUUGGAUUUAUAAUUUUUUCUAUUUAUCAAAUCAUUAUGGGCAUAGCUUGUACAUUCACUGUUCCAACAGCAAAUAUUCUGGUUUAUUUCGCUACAAUUCCAAGAUUUGUUAAAGGUUUUCAAAUAUCCAUACUUCGAACUAUUAUAUCAAAAUGGACAGAGGUCUCUAAACAAGGUAUGGUAAUGUCUGUUAUUGCAGUAAUGGAACGCCUUGGGCUAUUGAUCAGUCUUGUAGCUCUACCAGUUAUAUACGCUGCAACAGUUAGCACUUUCAAAGGAUCAGUAUUUUUUGUUUGCGCCUCUUUUACAAUUUUGGAAGCUUUAAUAGUCUUGUAAGUGUCGUACAAGAUAAAGGACAAUUUGUUUUAUGUUUUAAAAUUCUACAAUAUUACGGAUCCUUACAUUUCAUCAAUGUUUCAAAUUCUCUGUUAUGCGUGAUGAUGUGGUCUAUUUAUCAAUUCACAGCCGUCUGGUAUAUCAAAUGGGAUGCCGAAAAGGGUGUCAUAUAACGUUUUUCAGUCAAUUAGUUAGUGUAGUACAUCUGGUUCCCAAUUGUUGAAUGAAUAAUCCAGAUAAACGUUUUAGACGACAUAAAUUGGUAGACAAUCAACUUACAGUCGGCAAACAAUCCCAUGCUUUCGAUAUAAUUUACUUUCGUUGGUUAAUCUAUCCUCUUAGUAAUUAAACAACGUUCGACACAGUCAUGAUUAAUUUGUUCUAUUUUGUAAUUAAUGGAUGGAGUACAAUGAAUUUUACCAGUAUAUGCUCCAAACAAAUUGUCACUGGGAUCGUAAUCAGUUAAUUAUUGUUAAUAUCAUCUGUUAUGUAAUUGAACUUAAAGAAGAAAAAAGACAGGAAUCCAGACUUUAUUAAAAAUAUAAUCGACUCAUUUAUUUAUUUAUUUAUAAUAAAUCAUUUAUAUUUCCAG